GCACGGAGACAGUAGCAGUACCUGGUGGUUGAUCCAAGAAUAUUUUGAUGGAGUCGAAAUGGUUAAUGCGUGUGUUAUUUACACUCUUCUUAUUAGAAGGGCUAUGGUGCCGAGGGUGUUGGGAUGAAGAGAGAACUGCUCUCCUCCAACUCAAGCCUUUCUUCACAAAAUCUUGGCAGCUGAUGAGAAACUGGGAGAGAGGAAAGCAAACUUCAGAUUGUUGUCAAUGGGAGGGGGUUGAGUGCAACUCUGCUACUGGACGUGUCAUAACGCUCAAUCUCAAUUACUCAUCGUCCGAAGAAUUUGAUGGCUAUUGGCGUUCAUCAUAUAGCUUUAUGGAAUUGGAGAAUGUGUAUCUAAAUGCGUCUUUGUUUCUUCCAUUCGUGGAAUUAAAGAGUCUCCAUUUGGCUGAAUAUGGAAUAGCUGGUUGCAUUGAACAUGAAGGUUUUGAGAGACUUUCUAAGCUAAGAAAUUUGGAAAUCCUCGAUCUAAGUUACAAUAGGUUGAACAAUAGUAUCUUAUCAUCUUUGAGUGAGCUUCCAUCUCUCAAGUCUCUAUAUCUAGCUGAUAACGAAUUUGAAGCAUCCAACCAUGCUAAUGGUAAAAUUGUCCAUUUUUUUACUUAGAGAAACCUGUUUCCUAAUUGUUUCAUCUUAAUAUUUAUGUGUGGCUCCAAAACUGAAUUAGUAAUUAUAUGUAUUGCAGGUUUUGAGAGACUUUCUAAGCUAAGAAAUUUGGAAAUCCUCGAUCUAAGUUAUAAUAUGUUGAACAAUAGUAUCUUAUCAUCUUUGAG